ACCGAAGGCUGUAGGAGUUCCUAAGUAAACUUUGAUUAAUAUUAUAAAAGCGUCUCAAGCUUGAGGAAGGAAAGGAAGAACUCGCAAAACAAACAAAAAAAAAGGAAAACAUGGAGAAGGACCAGCGCAACACCAUUGUGUUCAAUGCUUCUAAGCGGGAGAUGUUUACAGCGAGUAGUGGCUACAAAUCCCUGCAGAAGAAGCUGAAAACGCACUGGAAAAUCCAGAGUUUUAAAGAGGAGAUUUCAGAGGAGAAACUGAGAGGAGUGAAAUUGUGGAUCACAGCCGGACCCCGAGAGAAAUUCACUGCAGCUGAAUUCGAGGUGCUGAAGAGAUACCUGGACAGUGGCGGGGAUGUCCUGGUCAUGUUGGGUGAAGGUGGGGAGCUUAAGUAUGACACCAACAUCAACUUUCUGCUUGAGGAGUUUGGAAUCAUGGUCAACAACGAUGCUGUGGUGAGGAAUGUGUAUUACAAAUAUUUUAACCCGAAAGAAGCACUUGUGUCCAACGGCGUCUUAAACAGAGAGGUGAGUAGUGCUGCUGGGAAACUGGUGACCGGAAUCAUUGAUGAUGACAGCAGUGGGAAUAACUCGCAGGCGCUUACCUUCGUGUACCCUUAUGGAGCCACUCUUAAUGUGAUGAAGCCAGCUGUAGCUGUACUCUCCACAGGGUCAGUCUGCUUCCCACUCAACCGCCCUGUGCUCGCCUUCUACCAGCUCAAGCAGGGAGGAAGGCUGGCAGUGCUGGGGUCCUGCCACAUGUUUAGUGACCAGUACCUAGACAAAGAGGAGAACAGCAAAAUAAUGGAUGUCGUUUUUCAGUGGCUUACUACAGAUGAGAUUCACCUGAACCAGAUUGAUGCUGAAGACCCUGAGAUCUCAGACUACACGAUGCUACCGAACACAGGGCUUCUGUCGGAGAGGCUGCGGGUGUGUCUGCAGGAGGGGGAUGAGAACCCACGUGACUUCACCUCGCUCUUUGACAUGUCGCUUUACACGCUGAAUACCAGUGGACUGCCGCAGGUCAUCAAAGCCUUCAAACAGCUGAAUGUGAAACACGAGCCUCUCCAGCUGAUUCAGCCGCAGUUUGAGACGCCUCUCCCCACGCUGCAGCCUGCUGUUUUCCCUCCCACUUUCAGAGAGCUGCCCUCUCCGAAACUUGAACUCUUUGACCUCGAUGAGAACUUCUCCUCAGAGAAGGUCCGGCUUGCUCAGCUUUCAAACAAGUGCACUGAUGAUGACCUGGAGUUUUAUGUACGGAAGUGUGGGGACAUCUUGGGAGUGACCAGCAAACUGGACAAAGAGCAGCGAGAUGCUAAACACAUCCUGGAGCACAUCUUCUUCCAGGUUGUGGAGUUCAAGAAGCUAAAUCAGGAACAUGACAUUGAUACUACCGAGGCAGAAUUUUCACCCUUCUGAAACAGAUGAGGUGUGGCUCCACUGCUGAUUCUUCAUACAGACUGCUCCUCAAUUAGGCUUGCUGAGAUUUGAACAGCAAAAGGGGGUUUGUGCCCUCUCUCCAUAGACAGAGUUUGCUUUUGAAAUCAAAAGUGCAUUUCCCUACACACUUACUAGCUAUUUCCCUUUAUUUUUGUGGCAAGUAUUUUAUACUUCGUAUGUACAUAUUGUAAAAAGUGAUAAUGGAAUCUCAUUCCACAGAUUUUACCAUCAAGGAAAAUAUGGUGCAUUAAAAACCACACACACUGUAGAGAGAGUCAGCUGUUAGGGAGGGGGUUUAGGUGACUUCCAGGAAAAACCAUCUUCUUAAAUAGUGGAUUUGUGUUUCUCUGUAUGUGUGUUUUUG